AACCAGUGGCAGCGCUCAAACAGCAGAUGGAGUGCUUUUUAUUAGGAACUUGUCUGAUUUCUUGUCAUGUCAAAUCUCUCAGAGACUCUGCCAGUGAUCGAUGUCGACGUAUUUCUUUCAGGAGACGGAACUUCACCACGUAUCCAGGAGGAGUGCAGGAAGGCAGCUGAUGCCUUAAUCACUUACGGCGCCUUGCUGCUGCAUGACUCUCGGGUAUCAGAGGAUGAUAACGAUACCUUCCUCGAUCUUAUGGAAGACUACUUCGCCCAGCCGCUCGCUGAUCUUGAGAGGGAUCAGCGACCUGAGCUCUCGUACCAAGUUGGAGUCACGCUGGAAAACACAGAGAAACCAAAGUGCGCUGUGGACGAGUCAUGCUUGGACGUCAUCGCACGCCUCGACCCGUCAGAGCGUCCGUUGGACAUCUCGGGUCAUCAACCUGAUCCCAAAUGUCGUUUCUUUUGGAAAAUGACCACGCCUCCUCCGUAUAAAACGGAUUAUCCUGCGUUGAAUGCACCGAACGUCAUCCCUCAGGCCCCUAUGUUCAGCGACAUAUGGCAAUCGGUCAUGGAGAAGUGGGGGAAGUCCAUGAAAGACGCUGUCGAGAACGUAGCCGAGAUGGUUGCCCUUGGUCUUGGACUUCCGCGUCAAACCUUUAAGGAUGCUGGAAAAUACGGUCCCCACCUUCUUGCACCGACAGCGUCCGACCUCGUGAAGUACGGCAAGAAAGACACGAUACUUGCGGGUUUCCAUACGGAUCUUAACUGCCUCACUAUUCAUGGAAGGUCUCGAUUUCCUGGUUUGAAUAUAUGGGCUCGGAAUACUGGGAGGCGCAUACCUGUGCGCUUCCCUCCCACUGGUAGAUUUUUACUAGUGCAGUCAGGGAAACAGAUCGAGCACCUCACGGCAGGUCUUAUCAAAGCUGGUUACCACGAAGUUGUGGUUAAUGAUAACACCAUCGAGACGACAGCCAAACGUAGAGUUAGCCAUCCAAACCGUCCUCUCAUUCGGAUAUCUUCGACAUUCUUCUGGCACUUGUCUUCAGAUUACGAUCUUGCUCCUAUCCCCAGCUUGCUUGGGCGUGCCAAGUCCCUCCAUCCAACUGAGUCUGAAGCAUCCUUGGAAAGUUUAUACCCAUCGAUGAAAGUUGGAAAGCAGGUUCAGAAUGAACUCAAGCAUAUCGCUCUGAUGGUUUAAAGCUGUUCUCAGCCGUCGGAAUAGUAGACCCCUUUUCAGAAGUUUAACUGACCAGUAACACCCGUAUAUAUGUAUGUUUGAACGAAGCUGGAUUCAUGACGAGGUG